AUGUCGGAUCCUGACGCUGAUGAUCCAGUGCCUCAUAUACUUCUAACCGUACCUGCUGAAUAUCAAUCAACAAUUCCAAAACCGUCUUCUUCACAAAAACAUAUACAGAAAAGCACAAUGGCAACCAAGAAUCCACCUCUCUUCGACAGUACCACCAACGAGAUAAAAUUUAGACAACGAGUAAUGGAAAUAGUUCCAUUUUACAAUGGUGAUCCUGAAAUCCUGUUGGAUUGGUUACGAGAUGCUGGAGCAUUUUUUGCCAAAGAAUGUAUUCCCGAUGCUCAUCAAGUUUUUGCUCUACGUUUUCUUCUUACUGAACAGGCACUCGAUAUCUAUAGUGCUCAUGAAGAUCUAAUUCACAAUUUCAACGAUCUCCGAAAGCUUUUCUUGCAUACAGCUGGUAAAGCUCCUUUGAGAACUCUUGCAUCACUUGAUUCAAUAUCUAGUUUAACAUUCUCUCUGCCUCCGCCAAUCGGUAAUUCCACACGUCUUGAUCCUAAUCUCACCACAACCACAUCUUUACCACCAACAUCCAUUACAUUUAGUCAAUCCGCCGAUGAUUUAACUCAAAAUGAAUAUCGAAAGUCCAUCAUUACUCAAUUUCAAGAAGAUAAAUCUCUAAAAUUUUCUGGUGAGCAUAAACAAGAUGUUAUUAAAUGGCUUGAAAAAUUGGAACGCAAGUUUGAACUAGCCGAAAUUAGCGAUGUUAAAAAGUUUGACUAUCUUACUGAACUGCUAGAAAAAGGAGCUUUGACUUGGUUCAUUGAACGAAAGACAUCACUCAAUCGAUCGUGGUCAGAUUUUGUUGAACAAGUUAAAAAAGUCUAUGAUUCUCCUAAUCGGUCGCAACUUGCAUUUCAAAAAUUACAGUCUUAUAAUCAAUCCGCCGAUCAAGACAUUAGAAGUUUUUGUAGCGUGAUACGAAAGUUAUGUAAAGAAUAUGAUCCAGACAUGAGCAAGAAAAUGAAACUUGACUUUCUUCUUCGCUCAGUCAAUUCGACCUAUCGCUCGGAAAUAUUGAAACUCAAACCCACAGAUGCAGACGACUUUGAAAAAACUGCAAUAGAUGUUGAAAAUACUUUUUUUACACUUAAAGCAUACGAAACCAAUACUCCAUCGACCGUGACUACGUAUACCUCGUCACCACCAUAUAACUAUAAUUAUUCUGCUAUCCAACAAUCACCUGCUUCGAAUUACUAUCGAGCGCAAAAUAACUUUCGAUUCAGUCAACGUCCCUCUUCUAACACAACGUCACGUCAAUUUCCAUCUUCUCCAAAGCAUCAACAAGGACGUCAACAAUUUUCAAAUUACACUUCAUCCAAGUCUCCACGACAACAAAAUCUCUUCGCUUAUACCGCAGCUACUCCUGAAACACAGCAACCACAACAAUCGAUACCUCCCCUGAUGCCUCCAUCCCAAUUUAAAACUCCACCAUCACAAAUAUUUUAUUGUCAAUCGUGCAAUCAACAAGGACACUCAACUCGUGACUGUCCUUUUUAA